AUGCCAUACACUGCGCCGUUGAAGACGUCGCCUUCUACACAGCACAUUGAACACUCCGAUCUGAGCACUCCUCCGUCUCCAAGCUCACCCACCGUGGCCAACCCUCAUGCAGGCAACCUAAACCUGCCCCCGUCAUACUCCUCUGCCUCUUAUGUCCGUCGACACCGACGAUCCCCAUCCAACAGCAAGACGUUCAUAUUUCCAGCGCCGGACAAUGGCCAUGAGCACAACCGGAAUGCCGACACUUAUGCCAGUGUUCGGCAAUCGCCUUCACCUGUGAAUGAAGGCCCGAUCCCCCCCGGAGCCCUGCUUUCGCCUCCGGAAUCGACACAGAACUCGAGCGAUGAGGAGUCAACUACUCGGUCGAGGGAUGUGCUUCAACUGGAAGAAUUGGAGGCUGCUGUUAGGUCAAUCGAACAAAGGCGGGCCUCAUCUCCUGAUAGACAGCUGGACAUACCUUCAACAGCAAGUGGGGAGGGCGGUGCCGCUGCUGCGGGGAAGCCUGUGCGUUCUUGUAUGGCGAGGGAUAAUCGCAUGGUCGCCCAUUCUCGGUCGUUUGUCGAAAACGCAGUCACUCGAAAGCAGGAGGAAGCUCUGACAAGCUCCCCGGAGGACAGUGAUCGGGAUGAGCCCGAACCAAAAUCUCCGAUGGUGCGCAAAAAGUCCGGUGAGCUUGUAAGGCCAGCGUUACGUCCACCCUCGGCUCGUCGGCGGCCGUCUAGCAUGCCUGGGACUCCUACGUACGCGAAGGCGGUUCAUUUUGAUGCCCAGUUGGAACAUAUCCGCCAUUUCCUGCAGCUUGACAAGCCCCAGGCCGUCAGUGCUGGCUCGUCACCCGUGGAGGACAUGGAUGGUGAAACGGAGUACCCAUUUCAUAUCAAAUCAUCGGAGCCUGCGGCUUUUGAAUGGGGGCUUCGGCUGUCGAACUUUCCUCAUAAAUUGUCUCCAGAGACGAACCAACGUGUUCGCCUAGAACGACUGUUCCUGUCAACCGACAAGCACUCUUUGGUUGGUUUGGUGGUAGUUGCUAACCUUGCUUUCGAAAAGCAUGUUGCUGCCCGUUUCACAUUUGAUGGUUGGAGAACUACCUCGGAGGUAACCGCCGAGUAUAGCCAUGAUGCUCGACAGAAGCAGUUGCAUGAUGGAUACGACCGGUUCAUGUUUAACAUCAGACUGGACGAGCAGACAAAUCUGGAUAAGAAAACAAUGUUCGUCUGUAUCAGAUAUAAUGUGAACGGCCAGGAAUACUGGGAUAACAACGGCGUAAGGGACUAUCAAGUCAAUUUCACAAAGAUCCCGAAGGCGAAGUCAAAAACAGAGGAGAUACCUCGCCCGCGUCCUCGUAUUAACUUACCUCGAAGUCGAAGCUUUACCGGGUCUGGCAGUCGACCCCAUUCAAUGCCCUCGUCUCUGAAAGACUUUUCUGACAUGCAUCGCUACAUAUCAUUCGGCCCUCCACUGAACGAUCGAAAGGGAAAGCCUGAAGACGACGACGAUGUGCCUCGUGAUCCUGAGGCGCCAGUUCCCUUACGCCGCGAUAAACAGCAUCACCAGGUUUUCGGCAAUCGCUAUGAUUUUGAAUCAUCCCUGUCUGCUGUCAUGCGCACAAAACCAGAACUUGAUCGCACUAUGUUGACUGCCCGGGCAAAAUCAGAAACUCCUGUGCCGCAGUCUGAUUCACGGGCUCCAUCAGCUCGUGCGCCUCGACUUUCUCAACCGAGCCCCGAAAAGCCUUCUUCGAUGACAUCAGACAAGCCGAACCGUGAAUCUUCGGUGUAUAGGGAACUUGUGGAUCGAUACUGUUUCUUCGGUUCUCCCCAAAAGCCGAAUCUCCCACUCAAAGCGAAUGAUUCAGGGGCAAGCCAAACCGCCAGUUCAUCGCCACCGUCGUCACCGCCAAAGAACUAUACGAUGAAGGAAAGCUCUGCCGAUGCGUCUCGGAGCUUACCAACAUCUCCCCCGUCGACAUAUUCAUACAAGUACUUUGACCCUAUGCAAGAAAGUCUCUUGAAUGAAACUAAAACACCUGCCCUGAUAAGCGGAUAA